AUGAACUUUGAAGGUCUCCUGCGGGAGGCCGGUGGCUUUGGCAAGUUCCAGGUCUUAACGUUGCUCCUGCUCUGCCUUUCGCGGAUCUUCCUCCCCUUGCAUUUCCUCCUGCACAACUUCCUGGCGGCCAUUCCACCUCACCACUGUGCCAUCCCGCAUCAAGACCAAUUUGCCAAUCUCACCGAGGAAGAGGUGCUCCUCAUCAGCAUCCCAAGGGAUCUGGAAGACGCUUUCAGCUCCUGUGAGAUGUUCUCUGAGCCUCAGUUUCAUCUGCUGCUUAAUUCCACCCAGGAGUCGCCCAACGCCACAUCUGUCCAGAGAUGCCAGCACGGAUGGGUCUAUGACCAGUCCCAGUUCACGGCCACAAUAGCCACCCAGUGGGACUUGGUUUGUGAGCAAAGAGGGAUGAAUCAAGCAACAGCUACUUUCUUCUUCAUCGGAGUCAUGCUUGGGGCCGUGACCUUUGGUUAUCUCUCAGACAGGUUUGGCAGGAAACGCAUGCUCCUGGUGUCGUACGUGUGCACCCUGAUCUUCGGAAUCAUGAGUUCAGCUUCCGUCACAUACACUAUGCUGGUGGUCACACGGACCCUGACAGGGAUGGCUAUCUGUGGCCUCUCCCUCAUCGUAGUGCCUCUGGGCAUGGAAUGGGUGGACAUACAACACCGUACAGUAUCUGGGAUCAUGACCAGCGUUUUCUGGAGUUUGGGGAAUAUGCUUCUUGCUCUGAUCGCCUACCUGGUGCGGGACUGGCGUUGGCUGCUGCUGGCCGUCACUCUGCCUUGUGCAGUGGGCGUUGUCUCCAUGUGGUGGGUCUCAGAAUCUGCCCGGUGGCUGUUGGCCAAAGGGAAGCUCAAGCAAGCUCAUAGAGAGUUACAACGCUGUGCUGUAAUGAAUGGGAGAAAGGAGUUUGCUACCAAGAUAAACACUGAGAUGUUGGGCAAGAUGGCAGUGGCAGAGAAGUCCGAUGGGAAUUAUUCCUACAUCACCCUUUUCCGAACAUCGAUGCUGAGAAAGAUCUCCUUUUGCAUGGGAGCUGUGUGGUUUGGAGUGGCCUUUUCCUACUACGGCAUGAGCAUGAACAUCACCGGCUUUGGCCUGGGAAUGUACAUGACCCAGUUUGUCUUUGGGAUCAUUGAGAUUCCUGCCAAGUAUAUUGUGUUUGUCGUGGUGAAUCGAUUUGGACGAAGGCAGAGCCAGGCCUGGUCCCUCAUCAUAACAGGGCUAUGUAUAGGAGCUAACAUUGUCAUCCCAGCAUCACUGGGGACGAUGCGCUCGGUGGUUGCGAUCAUGGGCAAAGGAUUCUCUGAAGCGGCUUUCACCAUGGUCUUCUUGUACACCUCAGAGCUCUACCCCACCGUCCUCAGACAGAAUGGGCAGGGAUACUGCGCCUUCAUGGGACGUCUAGGUGGAUCGGUGGCUCCUCUCAUCUUUCUCCUGGACAGCGUGUGGAAGCCUCUGCCCCAAGUGACGUACUGUGUCAUGGCAGUUCUUUGCGGCUCAACAGCCUUCUUCCUUCCCGAGACGUUAGCUGCCCAGCUUCCGGAGACCAUAGAGGAUGUGGAAAAGCAAAGCUCAAAAAGCAAGAAACGGCUGCGUGGAGAUGUGGCAGAAGUCGUUCCUCUGCAGUCGUUACAGAAGGGACCUGCUGAGUGA